GAGCCGUCGAGCGGCGACGCUCUAGUCACCCGACGUCGCCGGUUCUUGGUGGCUCGCCCACCACCGGCUUGGCCACCAGAGUUGGGGUACUCUCGGCGCCGAGUUUGGGUUUGCGGGUGGAUUAUGGCGCCGCUGCCAAAGCUUGCGGUUUUUGAUCUGGAUUACACGCUCUGGCCUUUCUGGGUUGAUACACACGUAGACCCCCCGUUCCACAAGAGCAGCGAUGGAACUGUACGGGAUAGGCGGGGCCAGAACAUCAGGCUGUACCCCGAGGUGCCGGAAGUCCUGGAACGAUUGCGGAGCCUUGGAGUGCCGGUGGCCGCUGCUUCACGGACAGGUGAGAUAGAAGGAGCCAACCAACUACUGGAGCUCUUUGACCUUGUCAAAUAUUUUGGUCAUCGGGAAAUCUAUCCAGGCAGCAAAGUCGCACACUUUGAGAGGCUGCACCACAAGACUGGAGUUCCUUUCUCUCAGAUGGUCUUCUUUGAUGAUGAGGAGCGGAAUAUCAUAGACGUGGGCAAACUUGGGGUUAGCUGCAUUCACGUCCAGAACGGAAUGAACCUACAAACACUAACGCAAGGGUUAGAGACAUUUGCAAAGGCCCAGGCUGGACGCUGAGGUCCAACCCCAUGGAUAAGCCUCGUCUGAGCUGUGAAACGGAGACGAGAUCAAGAAAGCCUUGUCAGGUGCAUUUGUAAUUUAUUAAAGUGUCCGUACGUGACAGUCACGGUUUUA